GAGCAAUGGGUUUUCUCUCCAGCUUGAGCUCUGCUAAACGGCACUCGCUCCCUGCGCUCGGUCACAUAACAGUCGUAACCAGUGUUCCUCCUGAUAUUCGACCUGCUCCUAAAUUAAUUAUCCUUGCUUAUUGAAAUUCGGCAACGAUGUUAUUACUUAAUUUGACCGCAUUUUUUGCGGUUUUUCUGAUGGGUGGUGCGGUGCCUACGCCUACUAACAAAGAUGGUGGCGGCCCAAUUGGUGAGCUCCCCGAGAAUUGGGACCAGACAAAAGACGACACUCAAUCGCUUUUCCUGAAUAAGAGCGAUAAAAAUGACUUGGAGCCUUAUCCGUUGGCUUUAAGCGAGGAAGGAAAUUCCGAAGGGUAUGAACAAGGAGUAGAUCAGAGAUUCGAUUCCCCCCAACCAAACGGGGAACUCGACAAUUUAAUCAUGAGACCUGAACUGUACGGAGAACCACCUGCCAUGGAAGGUUUAGCACCCAGCUACGACUCCCGUCGUCGCAAGCGAGGCAGUGGAACUAAAGUUGGAGGUGCCGGAGCCGCAACGAAAGUAGCAACCAAAUCCGGUUCGGGCAAGAAAAAUCUCAAACCAGAGCAGCACGAUGCUCUCUCGCCCGUGGAUUCAAUGACUCAUGAACACGAUGCGCACCGCCGCAAGCGCGGCAGUGGCACAAAGGUGGGCGGCGCGGCCGCCUCUGCCAAAACGGCCACUAAAAAUUCCGGUGGAAAUAAAAAGAACUUCAGGCCCAUCUCAGAACGUCGCAAACGUGACUCUGGUCUCAGCGCUGCUGAUGUCCGAGCUCUACUCAACCUGUGGGAGGCCCAGGAACGUAAAAAACAGGAAUGGAACGCACAAAACCAGUGGGGGCCCGAACAUUAUUAUGGAGUUGGCCAUGUCAACGCCGAAGAAGAGCAGCCUGAAGUAGAUGAAAAUGGUGACCUCUGGUACAGCGAGCCUGUCGUAAUCUCUCCUCGUGAACGAGACUACCCUCGCCACUCUUAUUUCUCGGAACAGAACCGCAUGGCCCUGGCUCACGGCUACCCUGAUAUGUACCAAGUCGGUCCGGCGGAAUUAGCGCAACGAUACGAAGAGGCGCGUCGCAAGAGGCAAUACGCCAACAAGAUGAAGCGCUUCAUGGUGGCCAGGAAACGUUCGGACGGCAUGAUGAGCCACCAGAACAACUAUCGGCCCCGCGACGACCUGUACACUCUGGCUGAGCUGCUGCGCUCUGCCCCGCGGGUGCAAGAACAAGACAUUCCUGUAUAUCGGCGACUGAUACUGUAAAGCGUUGUUGGAAAGCGGUGUCCAGUCUCAGCAACCUGCGAUUCGUCUUAACAGAAACAGUGGAGAGGUUUUUGAAGCAGUCUCGUUCGAUGUAACAAAUGGACGCCUCGCAAGUUGUCGGAUGGACGUCCAGGAGGUUUUCAUUUGGAGUGGGAGAUUGUCGUGCAUUUAAUUCGCAGUUUGUAGCGGAUACCUAACAAAACUUAGUUAUAGGAAUAGAGUUAAAACACUGACAUUACAAAAGCAAAAAUAAUUUCUUAUUUUACCAAAAUCACACUUUAAGGCCUAAAAUGCUAAAGGAAUGAAUUAACUUUGGUGACUCUGUUUCUUUUAGAAUUAGAUUUAGUUAUGUUAAUUACCCGUCAAUGUUUGUAGGUAUGUAAAGUUUAUUUUAGGUCUAAGUUGUGUAUUUUCUUCCUAGGAUACCUCAGUUUCCGCAUAUCUGUUACUUAUAAUUUGCAAAUGUAACCAAGUUUUACCAAAUAGAUAGGUGUCUAGUUUCAUUAAACAUUGACUAGUUUACCGUGGAGUUAAACUUCACAUUUUAAGAAUGUACUCUACAUUGAACUAGAUUAGUAUUUAAUUAUGUAAAUGUAAACGUAUGUAUUAAAUUAGUCAUAUAUUUUACAA